AGUGAUAUGACAAUUUGACCCACAGCAUGGAUCUGCAGAUCACAAAGGGUCGUAGUUUGACGGUGACUCUGAAAGACACUGUGAAGUUUGUCAUCAUUCUGCACAAGGUGUGGAAGAAGCACCCGUACCACCAGGACUACUUGGGGUUCUACACCAUAGACAGCCACCUACUCUCCCCCAGGGUCCACGGACUGCUGGGCCAGUUUUAUCACGGUGUACAGUUUGAAGUGAGCAACCUCCACCCAGGAGAAGACCCUGAAAAACCUGAUGCCACAAUGGAUGUUAAAGGACACAAACUGACUGUGACUAGAGGCUGGCAGAGAGACUUCCGUAGAGAUGUGAAGAACGGAGAGAAAGUGCCCUGCUGGUUUGUACACAGCAAUGGAACUGGACUCAUCGAUGGGAGCCAUGGGGACUAUGUGGUGUCCAACCUCUUUUAG